GGUGCCGAUAUAUAGUUUUUUCAACUCCUUAGUAAUGUUGAAAUCCAAAAGAAUAGAGGACAGAGUUUGCUCAUUGGUGAUGUGAUUUUUCUUUCUACUCUCUAUGAUCUGAGAGAUGGACGGUAUUCCUUCCAUCAUCUUCUUGUUCUGUAACAUACUGCUUCUUACUCGUUAUGGUUCUUCAUAUCCGUUGUGCACUGAUUUAAGGUCUCCCUUUAUCCCGAAAUCACCUCUCGCUUUCUGUCAAUACAGUGGAAGUGUUUGCUGUAACUCCACUGAAGAUGUUGAGUUGCAGAAACAGUUUAAAUCAUUGAAUGUUUCUGGUGAUGGCUGUGCUUCUCUUCUGAAAUCAACACUCUGCUCAAGAUGUGAUCCGUUUUCAGCAGAGCUUUACAGAAUUGUAUCGGCUCCUCGUGUUGUUCCUGUCCUUUGCAACUCCACAGUUUCAGUAAACUCAUCCCAGUCCCUUGCCGCUACAGACUUUUGCUCAAAAGUUUGGGAUGAAUGCCAUAAUUUAUCCAUAUCAAAUUCUCCUUUCGCGAUAGACAAAGGUGAAUCUGUGGUUAAUUCUUCUUCCAAGCUGACGGAAUUAUGGGAGUCAAAGGGUGCUUUCUGUAAUGAGUUUGGAGGAGCUUCUGACGGUGGUUCAGUAUGUUUCGAUGGUGGACCAGUUUCACUAAACAGUUCUGAAAGUCCAAGUCUCCCUAGUGGUAUCUGCCUUGAGAAGAUUGCGAACGGAUCCUACCUUAAUAUGGUAGCUCAUCCUGAUGGGUCAAACCGUGUCUUCUUAGCAAACCAACCGGGUAAGAUUUGGUUGGCUACGGUUCCUGCUGAGGGAUCAGGAGAAACUCUAGGGAUUGAUGAAUCAAACCCUUUUCUUGAUUUGACCGACGAAGUAUAUUAUGAUACUCAAUUGGGGAUGAUGGGAAUAGCUUUUCAUCCAAAUUUUCAACAAAAUGGACGUUUCUUUGCUUCUUUUAACUGUGAUAAGGUAAAAUGGCCGGAAUGUUCAGGAAGAUGUUCAUGUAACUCUGAUAUGGGAUGUGAUCCUUCAAAGCUUCCCUCUGAGAAUGGAGCGCAACCUUGCCAGUAUCACAGCAUCAUAGCAGAGUUCAGUGCAAACGGUACCUCAUCGCAACCUUCCUUGGCAACAAGUGUGCAACCACUGGAAGUCAGAAGAAUAUUUACCAUGGGUUUGCCAUUUACUGCCCAUCAUGGUGGUCAGAUACUUUUUGGACCUGAAGAUGGAUAUUUGUACUUUAUGAUGGGAGAUGGUGGAAGUAUUGGUGAUCCUUACAAUUUUUCACAAAACAAGAAAUCAUUGCUCGGAAAAAUUAUGAGGCUGGACAUAGACAACAUUCCAAGUGGCCAAAUGAUCACUGACCUAGGCCUGUGGGGAAAUUACUCUGUCCCUGGAGAUAAUGCAUUUUCUGAAGACAAUGGAUUGGAGCCUGAAAUCUGGGCACUAGGAUUAAGAAAUCCUUGGCGAUGCUCUUUUGAUGCAGAGAGGCCUUCCUACUUUCUCUGUGCAGAUGUUGGCCAGGAUCAAUAUGAAGAGGUAGAUCUCAUCACCAAGGGUGGUAACUACGGAUGGCGUGUUUAUGAGGGUCAAGUUCUGUACCAUCCCCCAACUGCUCCAGGGGGGAAUACAUCUGUGAGUUCCAUAAAUCCAAUAUUUCCUGUAAUGGGAUACAACCACUCAGAAGUAAACAAUGAAGAAGGAUCUGCAUCAAUUACAGGAGGCUAUUUCUAUCGAUCAAUGACUGAUCCAUGCAUGCAUGGAAGAUACCUUUUUUCGGAUUUGUAUGCUGGAGCAAUAUGGGCUGGAACAGAGAACCCGAAAGAUAGCGGGAACUUCACAAGCACUAAGCUUCCUGUUAGUUGUGCCCAUGACACUCCUAUCCCAUGCACGCCGGCAGCAGGGAGUUCUUUCCCUUCACUGGGAUUCACAUUCUCUUUUGGUCAGGAUAACAGGAAAGACAUGUUCAUUUUAGCCAGCAGUGGUGUAUACAGAAUAGCUCGUCCUAGCAGAUGCAGUUACGUUUGCUCAUUGGAGAAUGUCACAGCUCCUGUUCCCUCCUCCCCUUCCCCUUCUGCCGGAGAACGUCUCAGCAAACCACUAACAGUGCUGCUAAAUAUUCUUUCCUCUGCUUCGUUGUUGAUAUUAUUGAACUUUCAACAUAUAUUAUAUCUGUAAUCAGAGGUGCUUCGUAGAUUCAUGCAUGACAUGAAAUUAUUUAUAUAUAUAUAAAACAGAAGCAACUGAUAAUUAGAAAAUCUCUUUCCAAAUUUUCUGGCGAUGGAUAAAGCGUGUGUUACGUAACACGGGUGUUAAUCAGAAUUGAGAUGAACAGUU